AUGAAGAUUUAACUAGUGUCAUCUCUUGCAAUGUAUCAAUUCCUAUGGAUUUAGCUGAAAGUAAUGAGACAAUACAGCUCCACUCUACUGUAUGGGGUGUUCAGAGUCCUACCAGUCCAGUUGGACAAGCCAGUACCGACUUGAGAUCAAUAAUGGAAGCUGAAACCAGUAGAGUAAAGCGUCACUCUCAUCAGAAAACGUCUCUCAUUGUUACACAUGGAAAAAUGUCACAGAAACAGAGAAAGAAACUUGCAAGUCAGAGACAGAGUGUAAAAGUAGAUACUCCCGAAACAGAAGCUGGAAAUAAAGAAUCAGAGAAGGACAGUAUUCCGAAAUCACCAUUGUAUGCCUGGGGUGCUGUACCUAAAUCUCCAUCAGCCAAGUCGUUUAGAGAACUUCAAUUGGAGGAUGAGAAACAUCAAUUAGUGAAUGCUAGGAGAUCUGCAUCUAUUGUCCAAGCAACCUCUCCACCACCUACACUACCACAAGUUUCUUCAAGAGAGAAAAUGUUAAGUUGGGGCAUUACUUCGCGGGUAAGAAGAAUGUCUGAGGAUGAGAUAUCUACAUCUCCAGUCUCAUCUCCACAAAGUCCAUCUUCUGAAAUUCUCUGUCCAUGGAAACAGUCACCAUGUCCUAAGUCACCUUCUCCACACACUGUGAGAUUUGCUGAUAUUAUGCAGGCUGAAGUGAAACAGACAGAAACAUUGGAAAAGAAUAUGAAGAAACCAUUUCAUCUAAUUCAGAUUGAGGAGCGUGCUAUUCAGGAGUUGUUAACUCAUUAUUGUGCUGCUGAUAACCCCACUGAGUAUAUCAGUGUUGGACGUGACAGCAGUAUGAUGGCUACACCCGUAUGGAAAAAAUAAAUAGCAUGUAAACCAGUACCGUAAAAUCUGUAUUAGAAGCCGCAUCCCUAAUAGAAGCCGCAUCCAUUUUUUUUGAAUAAGUGAGAACCAAAAAUUAACCAUUUCUCAUAUGUGUAGAUGCUCUAAUAGAAGCCGUAUCCCCUCUGUUGCAUUGUACCAUUUUAAUAGAAGCCGCAGCUUUUAAUUAAUACAGAUUUUACAGUACUUGUGUUUACCCAUAAACUAUUGUAAUUUUCAAUUAUCAUAUUUAAUAAUGUAUAUGCAUUGUUUGUUUUCUCGCAAUUUAAAUGACUGCUAUUUACCAUAUGUGAUGUCAUGUGUGAUUCUUUCAAGACAUUCAUUCAUGAAGUUUGCUAGUUAAACCAAAAUCAUGAAAUUUUGUAGCAAUGAAUACUGGGGUCUUUUCAUGAAAUUCGUCAUCAAAUCAUGAUAAAAUCUAGUGGCAAAAAUAAACUGUUCUACAGUAUGGUAUAUGCUCUUUUAGACAAUGUUAUUAUACUUAAAAUAAGUCAUAUUAUAAAG